UCGAAUGAGCCCUUCCCUUUGUUCUUCCUUCAAUUCACCGGUCCGGAACUUUUUUUCUGGAUACGAAUCGUAGUUAUUGCUCUUCGUGCCCUCCGGAUCGUAAAUUGCUGUUUUACAGGUAGCAGUGAGAUAGUUUUAGUAGAGUACUACAACUGCAAUCAGUUUGCGCGCUCGGUGCUUGGAACAAGGAUGUAUGAAAGGGUAUGUAUGGUAGAUACGUGCACUGCAGUGGCGUGUACGUGUGUGUGUAAGUAUCCUGACAGGCGCGCCGGCAGGACGACAAUGCAGAAACUGGUCUUCGUUUUCAGCGGUGCGCCUCGGCCGCCCCCCGCGGCCCUUUUCGGCCCGUUUCGCCGAUUCUCGCGCCCCCAGAUUUAUUGCGUGCAGAACGUAACAAGUUGCUGCCACCCCGGCAGGAUUAUUUCGUGCGCCAAAUUUCGGGACACCGCGAAAACCGCAUCAGAUGGUCCGGUCAAUAAACCACCGUCGAUGCUGCUGCUUCAUACUCACGACCAAUGGGAACCGAAGAACGGAUUGUUGAAUCCGGGUUUUCUUCCCUCCGGCGAAGAGAGGGCUGCGAUUUUCGAAGCGGCCAAUGGGGGAGGCGCCAUCAACCAUUGACGUCACAAAAAUUCCCGCAACCUACGCCUUGCACACCCCUUCAAAAGCCUCAAAUCCAGACUUUCCUACUGACUGCCGGUUUGGGGUAGGAUCCUCGCGCACAAAGCACCAACAACAAAAAGGGAACACGUUUUAUAUCACAAUCAAUUCUGAUGUAAUUGACACCGAUGACAGACGGAUAUUCACAC